CCGACCUGCUCUGCUGCGGCUCCGCACCGCCGUGGAGCGCGAGCGCCUCCUCGGAGCAGCGCGCCGCCCGUGAGCUCUCGUUUCCCCCCUUCCCCUUCCGCGCCCGAAUUUCGCACGGCAUUGCUGCGGUGUGGUGGCAAGGGCGCUCCCGACCCUUCCGCUCUCGCAAAAACCCGCGCCGAACCGAGCGGGCAGAGGAGAGGAGGGAAGAGGCGCUCCGCCCAGCCGCCCAGGAGCAGCAACGGCGUGAGGAGCGAGCGGGGGAGGGACAUGACUGUGAUCAAGGCAGGCGGAGCGGAGCCGUGCGGGGACGGCGGCGGCGCGUACGAGGCCUGGAGGAGGCAGUCGCUGCGGGCGCGGUACGCCUACGGGUUCGUCUUCUUCGCCACCAACCUGCUCGCCUGGUUCGUCAGGGACUACGGGGCCAGGGCGCUCCGCGGCUUGCACCAUGUGCCUGUCUGCGGAGCAGGGGACUCCAAGUGCUUCCAGUCCGGAGGAGUGCUUCGGGUGAGCUUGGGCUGCUUCAUAUUUUUCUGGUUGAUGUUUGCCUCGACAUUUGGAACUCGCAAGCUCCAUGAAGCUCGUAAUUCAUGGCACUCUGGAUGCUGGAUUCUGAAGUCUCUUGUGUAUGCCUUGUCGAUUGGCAUCCCAUUCAUCAUCCCUAACAUCUUCAUUCAACUUUAUGGUGAAAUCGCUCGACUGGGUGCCGGGAUAUUUCUCCUUCUCCAGCUCAUAAGCAUGCUUCACUUCAUAUCAUGGUGCAAUAAACGUUGGAUGCCAGAUCCUGGAUCAAAUCAAUGUGGCUUGUUUGGGUUAUUCCUGUCAACCAUCUGCUACAUCGCUUCAUUUGCUGGAAUUGGCGUGCUGUAUUUUUUGUAUGUGCCAAACUCCUCAUGUGAGUUCAACAUCUUCAAUAUUACCUGGACAGCAAUCUUGGUGAAGAUAAUUAUGGCGGUGUCACUGCACUCUAAGGUUAAUGAGGGUCUUCUGUCUUCUGGGAUCAUGAGUUCAUAUAUUGUCUUCCUUUGUUGGUCUGCACUCCACAGUGAACCAGAAGCUGGGAAGUGCCACUCUCAUAUGAAAAUUGCAAAGGAUGGUGAUUGGGCUACUAUUGUUAGCUUCAUCAUUGCAAUUUGUUCCAUUGUGAUGGCCACAUUUUCUACUGGUAUCGACACCAAAUCUUUCCAAUUUCGGAAUGAUGAGGUUCAAUUGGAAGAGGACACCCCUUACAGCUACGAGAUUUUCCACAUAGUGUUUGCAAUGGGAGCUAUGUAUUUUGCAAUGCUGUUCAUUAGCUGGGAACUGAACCAUCCAGCAAGAAAGUGGAGCAUAGAUGUUGGAUGGGCUAGCACAUGGGUCAAGAUCAUCAAUGAGUGGUUCGCGGCUAGCAUAUACAUUUGGAGGUUGAUCUCCCCAGUCGUAUUGAGGAAUCAAUUUGUCAACGAUGAAGGCUUCGUACCACAUAGGCCCACAGUAUAGUCUUGCUGAUAGAGAACACGAAUUUUGUAACUCUCUGAUUCUUUCCUGCUGAUACAUCCUGCUAAAAGAAAACUUACAUGCUUCAUUCUUUAAAUUCCUACAGUUGUACAUCCAAAUCAUACGAAAAAGAACAGAAAAUUCAUGUACAUUUGUGUAUCUGUGGAAAUGUGGCACCGCAAAUCUACGUUGGACGUGGCCUGCGCUUUUAGGCAGACUUGUUUUGCUUCA